GCCGACGGGCUGCGAGUAAGACAUACGAAAACAGUGAGAGCUGAUUCGUUUUUUAAAGCUCAGCACGUGCGCUCUUCUUUCUCAAAAAUUGCGUGUUUUUGUUUUUAAAUACUCAAUCUAGCCAAUAGGAUUAUUAAAAUCGUGUGUUUGUGUGUGUGUGUGCGUCUUUUUUGUUUUGUUUUUCGAUUGGAUAUUCUCCGCCAUGGAGGCUCAGCUGUGCGACCGCCAGCAUCAGCUCAAUAAUCACAAGAACAGCGACGUCGAUAUGGUUCAUCAACAAUUACUUAGGCGCGUCUUUCAAAUGUGCGACGUUCAACGCAGAGGUCACAUCUCCAUUGAUGAUCUACUCGAACUCGGACAGUCCUAUCUCGGACAGCAUACUAAGGACUUGGCGGAUGCUCUGCGCUCCCUAGAUCCGCUUGGUGAUGGGACGCUGACAUUUGAUGAAUUCUGCAGAGGCGUCGGAUCCAUCAUCCAGCAAUCACCUACAGAAGGCGCAACCUCACGAGACCUGACAUCAUUUACCUCCUCCUCAUCUCCAACGAAACGGAGCCGGACGCUGAUCGAUUGGAGCGAAUUGACCAUGCCAUUGGCGACGGACGCAGGCGACCAUUCCACAGCGGCAGAAGCGGCUCAUCUGAUUGUGAACGACGAAGACAUCCUGCUGACCUCGGUCGACGGAAGUGUGGCCGGCAAGCGACGCAAUUCUUCAUCCGACGAAGUGGAUUCCGGUUACAGCAAAAGCAGCAGUCCGACCGAUUCUGCGCCGACGGCGGGAAGCGUCAGUGGCUGUUCCAGCAUGUCGGAGAGAGAAAUCAGCUUCGAAGGCUAUGGGGAGGCGGAUCAUUCCAUUGAGAACGGGACGCCUAGCGACGCAGAUGCCAAUCCAGUACCUCAGUUGAUUGGCAAUCGAGCCAACUGGAUGAAUGGAAUGCUGCGCAAUAGUUUGCGGCGAUCCGAUUACAACAGUCAUGGCGAUGGCGCUUUCGGUCGACGCUACGGAUCUCUACGCCUUCCCAGUAAACGAGGUGUUGGUCUAGCAGCCGGUUCCAACGCCCUGGCAAGUCAAUUGUACAGCAAGAACGUCAACAACGCGUCCAGCCGCAACUCGAACGGCGGAGACAACGAAGACUUUUGUUCGGAUGCUUCGCUUGAAGACGACGUCGUCGAUCUUGGCCAUAAGCGGGUUCAAAUUCUGCAGCAACAAAUUACAGCCCUGGCAGACACGCAGUUCAGCAGCGAUGACCGGUACAGCCGCAGCAAGCAGGAGAACGCCGCCCUUACCGCUAGGUUGCAGAUGCUGGAAGAGAGCCUGCGCGACGUGGAACUACGAGCCACCCAGCAGCUAAGCGAAGAACAGCGACGGAACAAGGAGCUGAUUGUGAGAGUUGAGCGUGAGAAACAGCUAGAAAUCGAGAACUGCACCAUCAAAUUGCAAGCGGCCGAAAGAGAAGUGGAGCUGACUCGGGAAGAGUGCGCCAGGCUGCGCGGGCAGACGGAACGGCUCCGUGGUGAGCGUUCGGCUCUACAGCAGAGGCUUUACGAAGCGGAAACGAGCCUUCUGGAGGGUCAGGAAGAACUUCGACGAAUGAGCGAUCUUGUGAAACGCGAGCGCGAGCAAUGGGCCGUUGAGAGCGCCUCUGGUAAGCAACUGGCGGCCGAGCUCUCGCGUGAGGUCGACUUGCUUCGCGCUACUCAACAACACAACCAGCACUACAACGACAGUGGCGAAGUGACGCCCAGCGCCGCCCGUGUCCGCGAAAUGGAGAACGAAAUCAAAGCGCUUAAACAGCAGAACAGCAGUCUUCGCGAAGCGAACGACGAACUUCAGGCCCAACUCUUCUCGCGCGGCCUCGAAGAAGGCCGCACGUUGCUGAGUGAACAUUUAACUUGCAACAGCCUGGCCGCUGAAUUCGAAGUCAUGAGCCAAGAUGAUAUACGGACGGCUUUGCGCGAGCAGCAGGAUGUUAACGCCCAGCUGCGCUCUUACAUCGAAGGCAUCCUGUUGACGAUCGUCGAAAAUCAGCCGUCUCUCCUCGAACGGAAACCCCCGCAGUGAUUUAGAAAAACAAUCCAAGAUCUACAUCCAUCCACCACAUUCCUUUCAAUGCCUUGGAAAAAAAACAAAAAACAAAGAACCAAACAAACAAAGUAAAAGAAAGAAAUCGAUAAAGACGCCAAUAAGCCAUGAAACGAAGAAAAAAAAAUUAUUAACUUUAUAUGCAGACUAAAAUUUGACAUUAUUAUUAAGGGAGAAAAAAAAAGAAGCAAAGGACUGUAUACGGGAAACAAAAUUCUUAACGUAGAUCCCAUGCCCCAUUUUGUAAAUAGAGAACGUGUCCCACCCCACCCCACCACUGUGUCCGUCGAGUAAUAUAAACAAACCAAUCUUUGAAAGAGGAAAGAAUCCAUCACUUGUGUUUGGUCUCCCUCCAAACUUAGUUCAGCCCUUUUCUUCUUUUUGUAAUGUACGUUUGUGUGAUUGUUUGCAUGCCUGACAAUUUAGAAAAGUAGAACAGUUAUGAUGAAGAUAAUUAGAUUAAGUUUUUUUUUUUUUUUUUUCUGUUUUUGGCCCUGACUGAUGUGUUACUGUGAAACAGCAGACGAACGAAAAUGUCGUUAGAAAAGAAAAAAAAUCAACAAAACAAUUAGUAAUAACCACUGUCUGGCCUUGUGGGAAACUGUGAUAUAUCUUUACUUUCAUGGACGAACUGGGGGAGAUUGAAACAAGUAAAAAUAUGGGUGUAGCGUUGGCCACCUGCAUGUUACUCUGCGUGUCUACCGCGCUUAUGUUUGAGCAAUCUUUCUCAUCACUUAAUUGUUUUCCACUUUUUCUUUGUAAUAUCAGUACCAUCCUUUAACAAGACAACGGGCAACUCUCCCUUUCACUACGUCUGUUAGAUGAAAUUGUGUUUGCUUUAGCCUAUCUGUCGUCCUACUUCUUCUAAUUCUGUUUUUAUGAUCUUUAAACAAACAAAAAAGUGAAAACGAAUACGGUACUUGGACUGUUAAUUCUAUGCGUUUAAAAUUAAAAAAGAAACAAUUCUGAAAACUUAUUGCGUAGUCAUGUCUGCUGUCUUUAAUUCUUUUCACAAUGUAUUCUUUUUUUCCCAUCACGUGUAUACAAAAGUCGGAUUUCUUCGUUCGUUGAUGAAUAAAACAGAAACAGAGGUUUGA